AUGGACCAAAAUGCUAGGCGUCGCAUGUCCAGGGAGAAAGCAGAUUCAAUAUUGAAAGUUGUUGUAAAACACUUCUUUAUAGAAAAGGAAGUGACAUCUACUUUGGUAAUGGAUUCCUUGUAUAGUGGACUGAUGGCUCUUGAAGGUCAGACUAAGAGCAAGAAAGGUAGAGGGAAAUAUUUGGAAGCUGAAGAAUUACCGGUUCCUAUAGUUCACACAGAGAAGGAUAUGUUUGUUUUGGUGGAUGAUGUGCUACUUUUGCUUGAGAGGGCUGCCAUGGAACCCUUGCCUCCAAAGGAUGAGAAGGGUCCUCAGAAACCGUACAAAG